AUGAUUCAUUCAGACACACUAGAGCCACUCAAAAGAGACACUGGUGUACACCUCUCUAGAGCUUCUCCCCACCUCACCGGUCGUGGUAACUACAUUCAGGCCGUCAGGAGCGCCAGCCCCCUCCCCUCCCACUCCCCAAUGUCCGAGGCAUCGGAUCUAAUACUGCGUUCCGGACUUAAUGUCCAGGUGUCGCGCCUGGGCAAGGUGACUCACAGGACCUACGGUUGCCUGCGCGGUAGCCAGGGCGUUAAAGUCACUUGUCCAGACUUCGUCUGCUACAACUACUAG